AUGGCGAAAAAAGGCAGGGCUCCAUGCGCUGGGGCCAAGGCAGCCAAUGAUGCAAGGGCGAACGCCUUGAACCCCAACAACCGUGCCUAUGAUCGCGACUUGGCCGCGCAGCGGGAUGCAAAGAAGGAGAUGGGCCAGAGGGAACAUCAGCUGAACUGCUUGGCUUCCCGGACUCCUCAGCAGAAAGCUGCGUAUGGAAGAGACGUAAAGAAGGCGGUAGAAGCAGUUCAUGAGGCUUUGGGAGGAGAGUUCCAGCUCCACAAGGUCGGAUCUCGCGCCAAAGGGACGCAAUCAAGGUCCUCAGAUGGAGAUGUGAAGAUUAUGGGUCCAAGGCCCUUGACCGAGGCGGACCGGCCACCCUUGACGAAGGCGUUGCAGCGGCGCUUUCCCAAUGUGGUGCAGACAGACAACAUCCAUAAGGUACGCGGGGAGAGUGGAGACAUAGAUGUCGUUCCGCGGAGCGCCACCUUUUUUGCGAAGAACUUCCAGUCCGAUCGACCCAAGAACCCCUUCAAAACCAACGACCAGGCUAUGCAGGCAGUUCGAGGUGUCAAAUCAAAGGUUGCGCAAAUGGGUGGUGAAAUUCGAGGACAUGCUGUCGAGCAGACCGUGCUCCGAUGCCAACAGAAGACGAAAGGAGCGAACUUCAUGGAAUUGUCUUCCUUGGCCAUGGAAGAACUGAGGCCAUCGUUCAAAUGA